AUGGAUGCUGAGAGCAAGAAUGGCUCCGGCGCCCUCCUCGUGGAGCUGAACGCACCCUGGCCUCCGGCGGUCGGCCUCGUCUCUCGUGCGGCGGGACGGGCCGUCCGUGAGCAGCCAGCCAGCUCCGCCGUGCGCUUUGGGUGCACACAGCUCGAGUGGCGACGGCUGCAGCAGCUCACUCGUGCAGCGCGCGUGGUGCACUCCGAGCUGGGUGAAUAUUACGCCGACCGCGCCGUGGCCGCGACCCUGCCCGAGCGCGGCCGCCGCCUGGCGAGCAGGCCUGCGGCUCCGCUCCGAGGGAGUGUGGGAGGGUAUCUCAGCGAGGAGGAGCAGGCCGCGGAGUUCAAGCGGCUGGCGGCAGCCUACCCGUCGUGGCUGGCCCCACCGGAAACCGCCGGCGACGAGAGGGGCGGCAAGCCAGCGGUGCUGUACACCGCGCUGCUGCACGCGAGAGAGCCGGCGUCGCUCGCGUGCUUGCUGCACUUUUUGCGCACGCUGCUGCACUCGGCGGAGGAGGGCGACCCAGGCAUCCGAAUCACACACCACACCGUUCAAGACGACCACGAGAGAGAGGAUGAGAGGGGGGGUGCGGCCCAGGCGCCAGUAGUCAACAAUGACGCCCGUAAAAGUGCCGAGGCGCUCCUCUUCCUCCCCAGCCUCAACCCCGACGGGUGGGCGUGGAACGAGCGCAGGCUGCCAUCAUUCGCCGACGACCAGAUCACAGACGGCGUCGACUUGAACCGCAACUUUGGCUUCCAGUGGGGGUACACGCAGGAGGCGGGCUCGAGCGGCCGCGGCUGCGACGAGGAGAGCUGCGCGGCUGGCUUGCACGGCUGGGGCAACUCGCUCGCCUACCCGUUUGCGCACGCGCCGCUGCCGUCGGCCGAGUUGGAGCGCUACCAGGAGCUCAGCCGCGCCAUGACUUCGCUAAACGGCUACAGCCACGGCGGCGAUUGGGAGGGCGUCGGCCACACGCCGACGGGGACGUGA